AUGCUACUAGGCAUCAGUGAUCCAAGUAAGGAGACUGCUACUGUGCUCCACACAUCCCUGGCCAAAGAAAUCCAAACCAGCAACUCCUCUCAAGGCAUUCUCAGAACACAUGACAUUUCCAAAUGGCCUAAGCCUCCAUGCCAUUUAUAUCAACCAUUGGAACCUUCUUAUGAAGCCGAUUGUCCUAAUGUGACAGCAUACGUGUGUGCUAAAAAUAACCAUACUUAUCAGAAUGAGUGUUUUUUCUGUAUUGACAAGUGGGAAUUUGGUGCUGAAGUUCAAUUUGAGAAAUAUGGAAAAUGUAAUUAA